AUGGAUUCGUUUGGCUUUGACUUUGCGGGUGGCGACCUGUUGGACUUGGGCUCGCUCGGCUCGUGGACCAAUAACACGCCCAUGGGCAACUCGCCCAACGGCGGUAACGGUAGCAACGGCGCGCUGCCGUUCAGUGUGGGUACACCCACGGGCGUCCAGAGUCUCGGCGACGACCCGUUUGCCAACAUGCCGAGCACCAGUGACAAUGAAUUUAGCUUUGGCGACUCGCCCAAGCCGUCGCCCAGUGCUCAAAGCCAAAGAGCGCUGUCGAUGCGCUGGCAGUUCCUGCGACAUCGACAGCGAUGGCAGCUGGAAGCUAGCGGCCCGUCCCCACGGGCUCCAUCACGUGCCGCUGCCUCGUCCUCAGGGACGACGGACGCCUUGUCGACUGGAGAUACCAAGAGCAAGAAGACGAAUGUCAAGAAAGAUACUGCGCAGUCAAAAGCUGAUGCAAACAGUGCACCGACAUCGGUGUCGUCGACAAGUGUUAAGAGCACUGAGACUCCAUCGGCGUCAGUGCCUUCGAAAGAGGACACAACGAGCUUGGCAACAGUGACGUUGUCGUCGACUCCGAAGGCGUCUUCGUCCAUAGCGCCUUCGACAGGGUCACGAUCGGUAUCUAGCAGUGGUGCUACGAACUCGGCCCCGAACAGUAGUAGCAGCGUUGCCAGCAGCAGUGCAGCGACGUCUACGCCGUCAACAACAUCGUCUGCGCGACCGCACAUCGGGAAUCAACAGCAACAACAGACAGCAGCAGCAGAUGCAGAUGCAACAGCAGCAGAGACAGCAACACAGCAAAUGCAUGCCGCCCAGAUUGCUGGGGGUGUGAGUGCGGCUCCCGCUCCACCUGCGACUGCCGCUAGUCAGUAUAUAGGAAGUCAGCCGGGUCAGGCCUACCGUCUACCGACCUCGUCGUAUGAAGAAGAGUUUGCGCGGGUGAAAGCAAUGAUGAUGCAGCACGUUGAUCUGAUCCCCCCACCGAUGGAGGUGCUUCGUAUCUCGAUGAGCCAAAGCGCAGCUGGCCAGCAAAGCAUGACUAUGGGUGGCAACGCUUAUAUGCAGCAGCGUGGCAAUCCAGCUAUGGUCCGUGGAGGCGCCCCAGGCAGCGCAACGUAUGGUCAGUAUGGAAACCCAAAUGUGAUGAUGGGCGGGCCUCUGCAGAACGCGCCUCAAGCUGGAAUGAUGAAUGCAGCACGGAUGCGUGCAGCGCAGAUGGCGCAGCAGCAGGCGCAACAACGUGUCGCGGCUGGUCGAACGCCUGGAGGAAGCAACGACGCGCAGACCGCGUGGCAGUCGGAGAACGAUCUGCCUUUGCGGCGGAAGAUGAUCGGAAAAAUCGUAAGUUUGCUACAGCAGCGAAAGCCAGAUGCACCUGCUGAGUGGAUCCGCCGGUUGCCGGACAUGGCUAGGAGACUGGAGGAUUCAUUGUACCGUACGGCGAAAAACCGAGACGAGUACGGGGACUUUUCGUCACUGAAGACUCGACUGCAGCAUUUGGCAGUGACGAUGGGUGCGCGUGCUCAGCACAAGGCAGGAGGCAACUCGCGCGCUGCAGGUGUAAGUAGCGUACCCGGUACAACUGGUGGCACGGCCGGAAACAACGCGAUGAUGACUGCUAGUGCACCUCCAGGCAUGGUAAUGAAUUUGGGAGCCGGCGGGAUGGGCCCUCAAGGUCACGUGGUAGGCAACAUGCCGUAUGGGAACCGUAUGACUCAGCAGCAAUUGAUGCAGCAGCAACACUUGCAAAUGCAAAUGCAGCAGAACCCUCAGAUACGACAACAGCUUACCCCACAGCAGUUGCAGCAAUUUCAAGAGGCUCAACUGCAGCGGCGGCAGCUCCAAAUGCAGCAGGCGCAGCAACAGGCUCAGAUGCAGCGUCAACAGCAGCACCAGUAUCAGCAGAAUCAAGCUCUUCAGCGCCAGAAUUCAAUGCGUCAAAUGCAACAGCAGCAGAUGCAGCAACAGCAACAGCUGCAGCAACGGCAAAAUCCGAACUACAUGCAACAGCAGCAACAACAGCAGCAGCAGCAAGUCCAGGCCCAAGCUCGCGCGCAAGCGCAAGCUCAAGCUCAGCGAAAUGGUACAGCUAAUGGCGCAACCAAUCAGCAGCGCAUGAGUGGAGAUAUGAGUCUGGGCGAAUCUUCGGACUUUAUGAAUUUGGACUUAUCUUCGUCGUUGCUGGGAUCUGAUGAUCUACAAGGUGGUGUGAAUUCCAGCCAUACAGGAGGUGACGCAAUGAAGAGUGGAAGCAAUGCCGUUGCUCACCAGGCAAGUCAAAAGCGCACGCUUUCUCAAUCUCAGCAGCAAAUGGCAGCGGCGGCAAAUGCAGCUGCGUUUAAGCGGACUAAAGUAGGAGGAGCUGCCGGCCAGGCUGGCGGCGCUGUCACAAAUCAGCAGCAUCCAAGUACUGCAAAUUCCGCAUCUCAAGUAUCACAGCCCUCGCAGGCACCGAUGCAGAAAUCCGUGACAAGUACUAGUGGCUCAUCGAAGACUCCACCAAUGAGUACAGUUAACGCCAAGUAA